ACUUGUAUUUGCAUUUAAAUUUGUAACAAUGAUUAAAUCCGUUAUAAUCUGAUAUAAAUUGGGUUUUGUUUAGACAAAUCAAAGACUUUGUUCAAAUAUUCCAAUUUAUCUGUCAGAGAGGUUCCAAUUUGAUCAUGAUCUUUUUUCAUACUAACUAUUCCUCAGGCACCUGAAAAACAAAACCACCAAUUUAUAUAUAUAUAGAAAUUUAGCAACUCUUUUUUUCUUAUAUUUUCUGAUCUUUCUGAAGAAGGAAGAGAGAAAAAAGAAGAAAAAAGAAAAGAAAAGAAAAGAAAAGAAAAAAGAUGGCAUUUACAGGAACUCUGGAUAAAUGCAAGGCUUGUGAUAAGACUGUUUAUGUGGUUGACAUGUUGUCCCUUGAAGGAGUUCCUUAUCAUAAAUCUUGCUUCAAAUGCAGCCACUGCAAAGGCACUCUCUCUAUGUGCAGCUACUCCUCCAUGGAUGGUGUCCUCUACUGCAGAAUUCACUUUGAGCAGCUUUUCAAGGAAUCUGGCAAUUUUAGCAAGAAUUUUCAAACAGCAGCAAAGUCUUCUGAGAAGCAGCACGAUCUGAAUAGGGCACCCAGCAAACUCUCAUCCUUGUUCUGUGGAACCCAAGACAAAUGUGCCACUUGCUCAAAAACAGUCUAUCCCCUGGAGAAGGUUUCAUUGGAGGGAGAAUGUUACCAUAAGUCUUGCUUCAGGUGUGCACAUGGAGGGUGUCCAUUGACACAUUCAUCCUAUGCAGCUCUUGAUGGAGUGCUCUACUGUAAGCAUCAUUUUGCUCAACUCUUCAUGGAGAAAGGAAAUUACAGUCAUGUCCUCCAAGCAGCUGCUAACAGGAAAAAUGCUACACCACCGCCUGAACCAGCUGAUCAUCAUGAUGAUAAUGAUGAUCAUGACCAUGACAAUAAUAAUAAUGAUAAGUCGGAACCAGUUUCUCAAGAGGACAACACACAAGACCAAUCUUAAACCAUCAAUUUUUUUUUUCUUGCUCAUCAGGAAAAUUUUCUAAUUUUGGGUGAUGAUCAACACCCUUUUCCCAUUAUUUUUUGAAAAAAAAAUUCGUAUCUAACUUGUUCACAGUUUAUUUUUUGAGCUUGUUGUAAGCUAAUAUGAGAGAUUUGUUUAUGCUGUUCGAGUAAAUUGCAUAAAAUAUUCAAUAUAUGUAUUUUUUUUUUUUGGUUAUAUUAAAU